AUGAUGAAGCACAGCAUCAGGGGGCUAUCCUGUUUCAUCGACGAGAUCCGGAACUGCAAAUGUCUGGAGGAUGAAGAAAAAACCGUGUUGCAAGAAAUAAUUAAGAUUAAAAAAAAGUUCAACGAAAAGAAUAUCACCAACUAUAAGAGGAAGAAGUACAUAUGGAAGCUCAUAUAUUGUCACAUACUGGGGUACGGCAUUUCGCUGUCCUACCUAGACAUAAUCAAACUAAUGAGCAGCACGAACUUCAGCGACAAGUACUGCGGGUACACAGCGCUGUCCUUGUUGGUGAACGAGAACAACGAAAUGCUUCAUAUGAUGAUUAGUACGAUAAAGCUAGACCUCAAGAGCAAUGACGAGAAAGUUAACUUCCUGGCACUCCAUUUUGCCAGCCAGAAGAUUAAUGACCUGCUGAUAGAGAAUAUGUAUGAAGACAUACUUCACAUUGUGACGUCAAAUUAUAUUUACAAACCGAACAUCAGGAAGAAGGCCUUCCUCUGUCUGGCAAACAUCUACAAAAAAAGACAUGACCUAUUGCUCAAGAGCAAAACGGAAUUAGAAAUCUUCAAAUUCCUCGAUCAGAAUCUUAAUGAAGUGAAUAUGUUUAACGUUUUCGCUUACCUCAAUUUGAUGUAUGUAAUCAUUUUGGUUUUUCAGAAAUAUGAGACGGUGCAGCAGUACCGGAAGAAGCAGGGGGGGAAGAAGAAAAAGUACUUCGGCGAGGAGGAGGGGGACGACGAUGAGGAGCAGAAUGACGACGAGGAGCAGGAUGACGACGAUCGUGGCGAUAAUCGCGGGGGAGGCACCAGACGAGAUGAGCACUCCAUCAAGAGGGAAGACCUCAAAGUGGAAUCCAGAAAAUUCAGAAGCAGAAGCAAAUCCAGCAGUUCCAGUCAAUCUAGUAAAUCUAGCAGCGUUGGAAGCAAGCGUAUAAUGUCUCUUAACAUCAAAGGCGAAGUAAAGAGCAGGGGGUACAACAAACACAGCAGCUCCUCUCUCUCAAAGGAGCAGAGCUUCCUCUACAGCGAUCUGAAGAAGGUCGAUAAAAUCAUGGAGAUCGACUCACAGUGCAGCUUCAACAUUGAUGAAAUAAAUUUUUCUGAAAUAAAAAAAUACAUCAACAAGUAUCUUCACUUCAUCCUCAACGUCCUCUACUUGAUUCUGGAUGAGAAUCUAAAUGUUGACGAAGGGUUCUACUAUAACCAUUUUAGAUACCCCUUCCUUCUGAUCAGGUGCCUGCAGAUGGUUCAGCUGUAUGAUCUGCAGGGCUUGUCUCAAAACACCAUUAACAAUAUUAACGAUAUUCUGUAUCGCAUCGUGAGCAAGCCGUUUAAGAAGCUCCAGGGCAGGAUAGGCUUCGAAUCGAGCAUGGAGAAAAGUGGCCGCCCUCUUGGCCACCCCCAUCCCAGCGCGCAGAGAAGUGGCGGGAGUGGUGGCGGCCCUCGAAGUGUCCAUCCGAACGGAAACAGAUAUAACGAUAAGCAUGGACAUGCCAAUGGAAAUAACAACCUAGGGAGCAGGAACAUCUUCAGGAAAAGCUUCUCAAAGAAUAGCUUCUACAUGGGGAAGAAGAAGUCAAAGGAGGAGCUGAGGAACGAAAAGAGUACCAUCUACAUCGAAUACGCCAUCAUCUACGAAUGUUGCAGUGUGUACAAUUUUUUGGGUACCAAAAUAGAGGAUCGAAACAGAGAUAUCAUUCUCUGCCUCAUCACAAACUCUUUCGAUUCGAACAAGUCCAAUAUCAAUUAUGUCAUUCUGAAUAGCCUGGCAAAGUUAAAAAUGAAUCUCAAGAUAUACAACAUGCUGGAGAAUCACAUCAUGCAUCUGAUAAACCUCCUAAACAAUGAUGACAUAACGAUAAAGAUACAAACAUUUAAUAUUCUCUUUAACAUGUGUAACAACUCCAACUGGAAGUUACUCAUUAAUGUCUUUUUGCACCACUUGCCUUAUAUUGACCCGUACAUACAGAACGAGGUCAUCAUUAAGAUUAGCAUUCUUGCGGAAAACUUCUCCCCUGAUCUGUCCUGGUACAUCGACGUCAUAUUCAAGAUGAUUGAGAUUACCUACCGGUCCAUCUUCCCUGAGGUGUGGUUCCGCCUGGUACAGAUUGUCACCGGGUUCGUUGAGGGGGAGAAGCCAGCCAAGGGGGGGGACAAGCUCGAUAAGGCAGACAGCCGCGAUAAGGGAGACAAACUGGAUAAGGGAGACAAACUCGAUAAAGGGGACAGCCGCGACAAGGCGGCCAAGUCCGCGAAGAAGGAAAGCACCACUUCCGAUAACAGCAAAGUUAAGGAGGAACAGAAGGUGCAAACGUACGCCGCGAUGAAGUGUUACAAAUAUCUGGCCGAUCGGUACACAAAAAUCGAGUUGCUCAUCGAUCUCUGUUCCUAUAUCAUCGGCUCUUUUGGCUACCUCAUAAAGGAAAAAGUACCCCUAAGCAACCAGCUGAAAAUACUCGAAAUGUAUUUUACCCUCGGAUCGUCUAACACCAAGUGUGUGAUUCUCAUGGCCAUCAUGAAGAUGGUCUUCUACGACAGUAAGCUCAUGUCAGCCGUGAAGAAGAUCCUUACCAACUGCAUCAGUCACGCGGAUUUGGAGCUUCAGACCAGGGCAUGCGAGUUUCUCAAUCUUUGCAAUUUGAACAAUCCAAGUGUGCUGAACUAUCUACUGAAGGGGAUGCCGCUUUACCACACCAAGAAGGUCCACGAAAAUUUCCUCAUCAAGCGCCUCCUGGAGAAGAACAAACACGCCGUAAUCGACUUUAACGAAAAGGACAGCUCUCUCAAAUUGGACAAAUAUCAGGAGAAAGCCAAGUUGGGCAGCAGGCAUGAACAGAACUACAAAGGGGAGAAGGACGAUAAGGAUCGCGAUAAGGACCAUGACAAGGACCACGAGAGGGACGACCACAGCGACAGCGACUACAGCCGAAACAAGGGCUCCUCCUCCACCUCCUCCGACGCAAGUUACCCCGUUAAAGUUAAAAGAAAAGUCAGCAACGGGUCAUCCGAAGAUUCAAACAAAUCAUCCUCCACCUUGUCUACUCACAAAACAAAAAACUCAAGUGACCACACAGAUCAUAAUGCUAAGCUAUUUAAAUCCCUCUGCUUGCAGAAGGCAAACAACAUUAACAACCUCUGGUUUAAUGCCUGCCUCCUCGACAAGUCCCUCUUUUUUAAGAACACCGUCUUGUCCAUCCUCAUAAAGCAGAAGUACCAGGAGAGCAGGGCCAUCCUCACCUUUUACGUGAAAAAUAUUUCCAAGGCGAUGGUGAACCUGGCGAGCAUCCGCAUUGAGGAAUGCGAACAGAUGAACAUAAAGGAGGCCAAAAUUGCGAUGAACGAGAAGAUAGAGCCGGACGGGGUGUACGUCCAUAAAAUUGUAAUUACCAUUCUGGACAUCUUUUACAACAUUCCCAGCAUUUACUUUAAUGUCUUGACUCAGACCUCGGCGAACGCGAGCCUCUCGUCCAAACUGCCCAUCCUCAUUACGCGCUUCAUCAAGGAGAACAAAAUGAACGAGGCGACAUUUAAGAUCUACUGGAAAGCCCUCACGCAGGUGCACAAUGAAGACAUCAUAAUGGGCGUCCCAAAAUUUUCGAAAAAGUAUUUCUUCAACUAUCUGAUCAAUGCGUUUAACUUUUACAUUUUGAAGAUCGGGUCGCUUAUCUGCGCCUCGGGCUACAUACACUUCCCCCUCACGGACAGCGAAAACAAAGUUUUAAUUCUCGUUAAGAUUCGACACGAAAUGAAAGGAAGCGACAGAAUUGGAGAACUUCUUUGCCACCUCAUGGCUGACCUAACCGGAAGGCCUACUUGCAAUUGUUCUGAUCGUAAAAACGUGGACACGUCAACAGUGACGUCAGAGUAG